UAUCCACAAACCACAACCCCUCGCCUUGGUCCAACGCAGCCUUUUUUAUAGCUGUCUCUGGUCUUUUGAGGUCUGUUGUAAGCUCUGCAGCGCUCCUUACUUCUCUACAGAAAAGUAUCAGCACAUCAAAACCCCAGUCGCAAGCAUGCAGGUCCAGCGUUCUCAGCGGUUCUCCAGCGCCUCAAUGGGUGGUGGUGGCGGCGGUUCAUUACGCAGGUCCGGUGCGCAGUCUUCUUUCAGCAGCAUGGGAGGUGGCAUGGGCUAUGGCAUGGGUGGUGGCGGUGGUGGUAUGAGCUUUGGCAUGGGUGGUAGCAGUAGUGGCAUGGGCUUUGGCAUGGGUGGUGGCGGUGGUGGCUUUGGCUUCGCUAACGGUGCAGGUGCGUUUGGAGCUGGCGGUGGCGAGGGCGGCUCCUUCAUAAUGGGCAACGAGAAGCAGCACAUGCAUGAACUGAAUGACCGUCUGGCCACCUACCUGGAGAAGGUGCGCACCCUGGAGGCAACCAACAAGGACCUGGAGGAGAAGCUGAGGAACUUCACAACUUCCAAGGUGGAGAGCCACGACUAUUCUGCCUACGAGGCGCAGCUGAAGCCAAUCAGAGACCAGAUCAUUAAUAUCAUCCUGGAGAAUGCUCGUCUGGCCCUGGAGAUGGACAAUGCAAAGCUGGCUGCCGAUGACUUCAGAAUGAAGUUUGAGACGGAGUAUGCAAUCCGCCAGUCAGUGGAGGCUGAUAUCAAUGGGCUGGGGGGCUUGAAGAAGGAGUACGAGUUCAACCACAAGACUCUGCUGCAGGACAUCGAGGGGCUGAAGGAUGAGCUGGAUUUCCUAAAGAAGAACCACGAGGAAGAGCUGGCCUCGCUCCGCUCGGAGAUGAGUGGCACGGUGAGUGUGGACCUGCAAGCUGCUCCUGCCGUGGACCUGCAGAGAGUCCUGGACGACAUCCGUGCCGAGUACGAGGGUGUGGCGCGACGCAGCCAAGAGGAGGCGGAGAGGUGGUUCGUGAAGCAGGCUGAAACGAAGCAGGCAGAAGUAGCUCAGAGCACCGAAGCUCUCCAGUCCACGAAGACGGAGUUCACCGAUCUCAGACGCCAAUACCAGAACCUGCAGGCCGAGCUGGACGCCCUUAAUGCUUCGAAAUCCUCUCUGGAGCAGGUGCUGAUGGAUACAGAGGGGCGCUACCAGAUGCAGCUGCAGCAAAUCUCCGCCAUGGUGGGCCGGCUGGAGCAGGAGCUGAUGAACGUCCGCGACAGCAUGACAGCCCAGUCUCAGGAGUACCAGAACCUGCUCAACAUCAAGAUGAAGCUGGAGAUGGAGAUCGCCACGUACAAGAAGCUGCUGGAGGGGGCGGAGCCAGGGGCCGUCAUGCUCGGAGGGGGAGGAGCUGGUGUCAACACUUCCCAGACAGUCGUGAUAACAAAGGAAACAAAAACAGUGACCACCUAAACGCUUCGGUCAGGAAAAACGGGAGACAGACGGACGGACGGACAGGCAGACGAACGCACACGCUUCUCCUGUGAACACAAUAAAAUGCUUAACGCCUUCACUAUUUUUUCUGUUUCUGAGUUUCUGCACCCUUUGUUAAAGCUCCCCACGCUAUCCUAUGCACAGCGAAAGUGUAGUAAAAGCACUGGCCGUCCGUGCAUGGCAUGAUAUUCUUGGAUAGUCUUCACUUGUACUGUAGAUUGGGAACCUCUUUACUUCUGUCUGGGUGUUUUCUUUGUAAGGUGGACAAUAAAAGAAGUGCAACCGCA